AGACAGUCUCAUGGGCCAUAGCAGAAGGUUGCCGGCAGAGCGGACAUGUUCAGAAAGAGGCCUCCUCCAGAGGAGGAGAGACGGGUCAGAGCCAAUGACAGAGAGUACAACGAGAAGUUCCAGUAUGCGAGUAACUGCAUCAUGACAUCCAAGUACAACAUCAUCACCUUUCUGCCCGUCAACCUGUUUGAGCAGUUCCAGGAAGUAGCCAACACCUACUUCCUUUUCCUGCUCAUCCUGCAGUUGAUACCUCAGAUCUCAUCCCUCUCCUGGUUCACUACCAUAGUGCCUUUAGCUCUGGUGCUGAGCAUCACCGCAGUGAAGGAUGCCACAGAUGACUAUUUUCGUCACAAGAGCGACAACCAAGUGAACAACCGUCAGUCUCAGGUCCUCAUCCGUGGCUCUCUUCAAAAUGAAAAGUGGAUGAAUGUUCGAGUGGGUGAUAUUAUAAAACUGGAGAACAACCAGUUUGUGGCAGCUGACCUGCUCCUGUUGUCCAGCACUGAACCUCACGGACUCUGUUACAUCGAGACAGCCGAGCUGGACGGAGAGACCAAUAUGAAAGUGCGGCAGUCUGUCUCGGUGACAUCAGAACUGGGAGACCCAAACAACUUGGCCACAUUUGACGGUGAGGUCGUGUGUGAGCCCCCCAACAACAAGCUGGAUCGGUUCUGUGGGACUCUGUACUGGAGAGACAGUAAAUACGGCCUGACCAAUCAGAACAUGCUGCUGCGAGGCUGCGUCCUGCGCAACACCGAGGCCUGCUAUGGCCUGGUCAUUUUCGCAGGCCCAGACACCAAGCUAAUGCAGAACAGCGGCCGCACCAAGUUUAAACGUACGAGCAUCGACCGCUUGAUGAACACCCUGGUCCUCUGGAUCUUUGGCUUCCUGGUGUGUAUGGGUGUGAUCCUGGCGGUGGGAAACGCAGUGUGGGAGAGGGAGGUGGGCUCACUGUUCCAGAGUUACCUGCCCUGGGACCCUCCUGUGGACAACUUCCUGUUCUCGGCCUUCCUCUCCUUCUGGUCCUACGUCAUCAUCCUGAACACCGUGGUGCCUAUCUCUCUUUACGUCAGUGUGGAGGUGAUCAGGUUGGGUCACAGCUACUUCAUCAACUGGGACAGGCAGAUGUUCUGCUCUCAGUUUAACACAGCAGCUGAGGCCAGGACCACCACCCUGAACGAGGAGCUGGGCCAGGUGGAAUAUAUCUUCAGUGACAAGACUGGAACUCUAACUCAGAAUAUCAUGAGCUUCAACAAGUGCUCCAUCAAUGGGCAGGCGUAUGGCGAGGUGACAGACCCACUGGAACCUCCACCAAAGAGACUGGACUUCACUCCCUUCAACCCCCUGGCGGACCCAGACUUCUGUUUCUAUGACGACACCUUACUGGAAUCAGUGAAAGUGGGGGACCUGCACACUCACGAGUUUUUCCGCCUGCUCUCCCUGUGUCACACUGUCAUGAGUGAGGAGAAGAGCGAGGGGGAGUUGGUAUAUAAGGCUCAGUCUCCAGAUGAGGGCGCUCUGGUAACAGCAGCGCGCAACUUUGGUUUUGUGUUCCGCUCCCGGACCCCAGGGACCAUCACCAUCACCGAAAUGGGACGACCAGUCACCUACACACUGCUGGCCAUACUGGACUUCAACAACAUACGCAAGAGGAUGUCUGUUAUAGUCCGUAACCCAGAGGGCCGGAUCCGCCUGUACUGUAAAGGAGCUGACACUCUGCUAUUCGAGAGACUCCACCCCUGUAACCAGGAACUGAUGAACAUUACCUCAGACCACCUCAAUGAGUAUGCAGCGGAUGGGCUGCGGACGCUGGCGCUGGCCUACAGGGACCUGUCAGAGGAGGAGUGGGAGGCAUGGUCGGAGAGCCACCGCUGUGCUGGCAAAGCCACAGACUGCAGGGAGGACCGGCUGGCAGCCGCUUAUGAGCAGAUAGAGCAAGACAUGAUGCUCCUGGGUGCCACAGCUAUAGAAGACAAACUGCAGGAGGGCGUACCAGAGACAAUUGCUAUCCUCUCCCUUGCCAAUAUCAAGAUCUGGGUUCUCACCGGAGACAAGCAGGAGACUGCAGUGAAUAUAGGUUACUCCUGUAAGAUGCUGACAGAUGAUAUGACUGAGGUGUUUAUCAUCAGUGGACACACCGUCCAGAGUGUACGACAGGAACUCAGGAGGGCGAGGGAGAGGAUGAUCGAGGUUUCGCGAGGCAGAGAUGGAGGGAAGGAGGGGGGCGUGGAGGGGUGGGAGGGGGCCUGUUACAACGGGAACGGAUUUGGGGGAGGACAGGCGGGAGCAACAGGGGGAGGAGGAGGAGGAGAGAAACAACUGCAGUGCCCUCCUCCCCCAGGCACCCCUCCUCCUCCUCCUCCGCCUUCUCCUCCUCCUCCUCUUCCUCCUCUCCCUCCUCAGCCCCCUUCCACUCUCAUGGACAACAUCUCCGGAGAGUUUGCGCUCGUCAUCAACGGCCACAGUCUGGCCCAUGCACUGGAGGCAGACAUGGAGGCAGAGUUUGUUUUGACGGCGUGUGCGUGCAAAGCGGUGAUCUGCUGCAGAGUCACCCCCCUGCAGAAGGCUCUGGUGGUGGAGCUCAUCAAGAAACACAAGAAGGCCGUCACUCUGGCCAUAGGAGACGGAGCUAACGAUGUUAGCAUGAUUAAGAGCGCUCAUAUAGGAGUUGGUAUCUCAGGCCAAGAGGGGAUCCAGGCGGUGCUGGCCAGUGACUACUCCUUUUCCCAGUUCCGUUUCCUGCAGCGCCUCCUGCUGGUCCACGGCCGCUGGUCCUACCUGCGCAUGUGCCGUUUCCUCUGCUACUUCUUCUACAAGAACUUCGCCUUCACCAUGGUGCACUUCUGGUUCGGCUUCUUCUGCGGCUUCUCGGCCCAGACGGUGUAUGAUCAGUACUUCAUCACUCUCUACAACAUUGUCUACACGUCCCUCCCUGUGUUGGCCAUGGGGAUAUUUGACCAGGACGUUCCUGAGCAGAGGAGUCUGGAGUAUCCCAAGCUGUACGAGCCCGGCCAACUCAACCUGCUCUUCAACAAGAGGGAGUUCUUCAUCUGCAUCGCACAGGGCAUCUACACCUCGGUGGUGCUGUUCUUUGUCCCCUAUGCCGUGCUGUCUGACGCCACUCAGAGUACUGGAGAGCCCCUCGCCGACUACCAGACCUUUGCCGUCACCACAGCAACAGCCCUGGUCAUCGUAGUCAGUGUACAGAUCGCUCUUGACACGGGCUUCUGGACGGUUAUCAACCACGUGUUUGUGUGGGGCUCCCUGGGCUGCUACUUCACCAUCAUGUUCGCCAUGCACAGCCAGACGCUCUUCAUUAUCUUCCCCAAUCAGUUCCACUUCGUAGGUAGUGCCCAGAGCACGCUGUUGCAGCCGGUGGUGUGGUUAACUAUUGCUUUGGCAACAGUGAUAUGCAUAGUUCCGGUUCUGGCAUUCCGCUUCCUCAAGCUGGACCUCAAACCACAGCUCUCAGACACGGUGCGCUAUACACAGCUUGUGCGGCAGAAGAAGCGGAAGCCGGUGGGUCGCAGCAUGGGAGGAGUCCGAGGCGGCGUGGGCAGCGUGUCAGAGGGUCGUCUCGGUGCUCGUGGCAGCUCCAGGAGGUCAGGCUACGCCUUUGCCCACCAGGAGGGCUUUGGAGAGCUUAUCACCUCAGGGAAGAACAUGAGGCUCUCGUCUCUGGCCCUGGCCACCUUCGCCUCCAGGCACAGCUCCAGCUGGAUCGACACACUCCGCAAGAAGAAACACGCACACACUCACACUCCCCCCAGCGCCUCCGGCGAGUGCAGCCCAGCGCCCAGUUACGUCUCUGGGUCAGUUCCACCACUGUCAACCUCGUCUUCUGUCCUGGGAGGGUCUCAGGAUACACCAGUAGAGGAGGGGACACACACGCCGCCGGUCCAGAGUGCACAGGUGGAUCCCGUUCCAUCCACACACACACCACCACCUUCAGCACCAGCUUCAGAAGCAGCCUGUGUUGAUGUUGUCAGCCCAACAUCAGUGAGGUGUCCUGGGGGAGACUCACCUGGGGGCUGGACGCUCAGUCUGGGGAUGGUGCAGGAGGCUCUCUUUGGGUGGAAGGGUAUUGCUGCUCGCACAAGUGGGUCCAGCAGCCCGGGCCCACCCUCUGUUGCCAAGGAAACCAGCAACACUGAGUGAGAAUAACUUUGGCCUGCCACCGUCCAGACUGUGGAGGAAGUUCGAUAUUUCUGAGCUCUGAAUGCUCAGAAUCACACCACCCUGAUGCUGGGAACCAAAGUGUUUGGCAGAUGUGUGCACACAUACACAUACAGGAUGCAGUGUGUGCAGCUGCAUUAAAUACAUGCUUUUCUGGAGAGAACCUGAGAUAUUGAGAUCAUAUGGACUCAAGGACAUGUGGUAAUUAUUUAAAAAAAA